GUUAGUAGUAGUAGCACCCCCAUUUCGACGAGACGUGGAGGGGAGAGAGGACACUGGACACGCCCAUCAGGCCAUCCUCACUUCAUUCACCGUCGACUCAUCGGUCGCCCGCAAAUCCACCCAGGAGAAUCUCGAUGGCCGCCCACGGCAAGCCCAAGGCCGCCGGUCCGCCGCCGCCGCCCGAGGCGAGGAAGGGCUUCAUGCGCCGCAUGUUCCCCUUCCUCCUGGCCGCCAACCUCUUUGUCGGAGUUUAUGUGCUUGUGCGAACCUAUCAAAAGGACUCUGCAACAAAUCCUUCUACGGCAUCAACCUCAUCUGCUGGGAAACCUGCCGAACCAGUAACUGUGCCCAGAAAGGAGCUCCCACCAAUCCCCGAAGACGAGCAGCACCAGCUCUACAAAUGGAUACUGGAAGAGAAGCGGAAGGUCAAGCCACACAAUGCUGCAGAGAAGAAGAAACUUGACGAGGAGAAGGCCCUUCUCAAGGAGUUCAUCCGAGCAGGAUCCCUUCCGAGCUUAUGAGCUCAUCAGUUGCCGUUUUGGAUAUCUUGUGUCUGGUGUGUCACCAGGAAUGUGGUUGGGCCUGAUUGGAUUGUGUACAAGCACUGUACUGUACUAUCUUGUAAGCUGAUGUCUCAACAAUUUGACCUCCUCAAGUCAAAAGGAUGUGUGCAUGCAAACUUGCAUUGGCUGCAUUGAAAACUUCUGUGUGGAAACUUCUGCCCAUCUGCUAUUUGCUCUGUUGACAAA